UUCUGCGCACGGCUCAACCUAGACGCCUGAGGCUAAAGGGGUGCGGCCUGGGGCGCCGGGAGCGGGAGAGAUGGAGCUGGAGCAGAGAGAGGGCACCAUGGCAGCCGUGGGCUUCGAGGAGUUCUCGGCGCCGCCGGGCUCCGAGCUGGCGCUGCCGCCGCUGUUCGGCGGGCACAUCCUGGAGAGCGAGCUAGAGACCGAGGUGGAGUUCGUGUCCGGCGGCCUGGGCGGCUCGGGGCUCCGCGAGCGCGACGAGGAGGAGGAGGCGGCCCGCGGGCAGCGGCGGCGCCAGCGCGAGCUGAGCCGCAGGAAGUACCAGGCGCUGGGGCGGCGCUGUGAACGAGCGCGUGCUGGACAGGCUGCACCAGGUGCAGCGCAUAACUCGGAGGCUGCAGCAGGAGCGCAGGUUCCUCAUGAGGGUGCUGGACUCCUACGGAGACGACUACCGGGCCAGCCAGUUCACCAUCAUGCUGGAGGAUGAGGGCAGCCAGGGCACAGACGCGCCCACCCCAGGCAACGCGGAGAACGAGCCUCCCGAGAGGGAGGGGCUGUCCCCACCUAGAAGGACUUCCGCACCCUCAGAAGCCAGCAGCCCGGCCCCCGCUGAGGGCCCCGGUGGGCGCAAGAGGCGGCGAGCACCCCGGGACGGGGGCCGUGUGGGCGCCGCACUGACCCCGGAACUGGCCCCGGUGCAGGUUAAGGUGGAGGAAGACUUCGGCUUUGAAGCAGACGAGGCCCUGGAUUCAAGUUGGGUUUCUCGGGGGCCUGACAAACUGCUGCCCUACCCUACUCUAGCCAGCCCACCCUUCGACUGAGCCCGCCCCAAUAAACUGACCCCCACAUGGCUUGGUCA